AUGGGCCCUGUCUCCUGGACGGCCGUUGCCAGAGCGGACAUGUACCUAGCAACUGCCACAGGUAACGACGGACACACCCACACCUGCAGCUCCAACUCCACUGACUGUUCCUUCACCGACCUGCACUGCUCCGAGACCUACGCUGUCACCGUGGUUACCAUCGACAGGGGCUGCCAUAGCGACCCCAGCCCUGACGUUGAACUCAGAACAGGUUUUUGUCCCCCCACCAAUGUUUCAACGUCUCUGCAGUGUGAUGGCAACAUGGGCACUGUCUCCUGGACGGCCGUUGCCAGAGCGGACAUGUACCUAGCAACUGCCACAGGUAACGACGGACACACCCACACCUGCAGCUCCAACUCCACUGACUGUUCCUUCACCGACCUGCACUGCUCCGAGACCUACGCUGUCACCGUGGUUACCAUCGACAGGGGCUGCCAUAGCGACCCCAGCCCUGACGUUGAAGUCAGAACAGGUUUUUGUCCCCCCACCAAUGUUUCAACGUCUCUGCAGUGUGAUGGCAACAUGGGCACUGUCUCCUGGUCGGCCGUUGCCAGGGCGGACAUGUACCUAGCAACCGCCACAGGUGACGACGGACACACCCACACCUGCAGCUCCAACUCCACUGACUGUUCCUUCACCGACCUGCACUGCUCCGAGACCUACGCUGUCACCGUGGUUACCAUCGACAGGGGCUGCCAUAGCGACCCCAGCCCUGACGUUGAACUCAGAACAGUGUGA